ACUCAUCAUAUAACCCUUUUUACUUCAUUUCAUUUUAUUAUCUCCUUCAUUUACAUGGUAUAGGAAUUCUCACAAGUGUAAUUAACAUGCAAAGUACACGUAAUACAAACAUAAUUACAGAAUAUCACUUAAAACCUAUUUUCAACGUAUUUUUAAGAGUACAACAUUUGUCAUGUAUGUGUACAUAAAUGUUAAAGACAAUAAUUUUACACACAGUCAAAGUACUCACCUAUGUCAUAUAAAUUUUUGCUUAAAAGGCAAUUUUAAGCUCAGUCUUAAAUUUUACUUCAUCAAUUAUUUCCUUCAUGUACACUGUAAAGUUUUUGUCCAAAAUAACUUAACAUGCUUUUGGUUUUUUGUUGUUCUUACUAUUUCUACAUGUAAAUUUUUACAGUUGCGAGUAUUAUAAUUGUGACAGCCCUCAUUGGUAAGUAAAUUUCUCAGGUGUGCUCCUGUGCAUAGAAUGCUUUUAAAUAUAUACCGUGAUUGUACAGUAAGUAUUUGUAAUUGUUAGAAGAGGGGCCUACAUUGAAUUCUAGGAAAAUUGUGCAUUAUAACUUGAAUGGCACUUUUCUGUAGUUGAAGGUAUCUAUUAGAUGUGAUUCAGUUUUACCCCAGAAUACUAUACUGUAAGACACAACAGACUGAAAGUAUGCAAAAUACACUAAUUUAGUACACACUAUGCUGCACACUCUAGGUAUUCUCCUCAAUGUGAAACAUGUCAAAUUGAGGCUGUGGGAUAAAUACUUUGUGGAUGGCACGUUCUCUAUCUCUGUCACUCAGUUUUAACUGGAGGUCAUUUCCUUGGGUUGCUUUUCCAUACUGUAUAUAAUGUGUUUUUCUUAAGUUAGCAUUAAACCUCUGUUGUAUAUAUUUCAGGACUGUCAGUUGUAGUUGAUGAUGAUUUUUUAUCAUCACUUAUAAUAUACAACACAUUUUUGGUAGCAAUGUUUGGAUUCCUUUUAUGUAAAGGAAGAAUAAUAGGGGACUAAGAACACUGCCCUGUGGGGUGCCUCUUUCCACUUUUUUGCAUCUGAAACCCACUUCAUCUUCUGGUUAUUAUGAUCAGAAAUGAUUUCUACAACCUGAGUUCUGUCUUGAAUCUAAGAUUCAAACCAUUUUCCACACAACUCCUCUUACUCCUACUGUUUCCAUCUUGUUUAACAAAAUUUGGUAAUUUAUUGUAUCGAAGGCUUUCGAAAGAUCUAAGUUAAUUCCCACUACACAUUUUUUAUUGUUAAGAUUCCUGAUAAUCAGUAUAGGUACAGGUGGCUGAUUCUGUGCUGUGACCUGAAUGUAAGCCAGUUCAGAAGUUUGUAUGCAACUAAGUAAUUUAUGAAAACAAUCAACUAUUGAUAAAAUUAUUUAAUUGGAUAGAUAAAAAAUCUACUCACCAAGCGGAAGCAGAACACACUCAUGAAAGACUGUUGUGAUUGGCAACAGUCUUUUACGUGUGUGUUCUGUCACCAAUUUGUGAGUAGAUUUUUUAUGUAUCCAAUUAAAUAAGUAAUUUACAAGUCUGGUUUUCAUUAACGUCUCUAAAAUUUUGAAAAAUGAUUGAGGGAGGGAAAUUAAUCUAUAAUUUUUCUGCCUUAUAUGGAUCUCCUUUUUUUAAGCAAAGGUCUAACAUUCAAGAUUUUCAACCUCUGUGGAAAAACUGCUUUGCUGAAUGACAAAUUGGCAAUGUGUACCACGGGCUUUAUAAUUUGUUGGGCAUCUUUUAAAUUAGUGACACAGGCUCUUCAUCCACACAUGCAGCCUUUUUUGUUUUGUUUUAGAGUCUUUAUCACCUUUAAUAUUUCAUUUUCAUUUGUCGGAGUUAACAUCACACUACUGUCUACUGUUGAAGUUGUUAAUUUCUCAUAUUUGGUAAAGUUUUUGCUUUAUGACACAUGUACACUUAAAAAAUAGUUAUUAAUCCAAUUUGCCGAGUUUCAUCUUUUAAUUCAAUAUUUUCACUUUUUUUAAGUACCUACUAUUUCCUGAUCCAUGAAGCUCUCAACUGUUUCCCUUUCACUAUUUCCGAAGCAGUUCUUGAUUUAUUGCCUGAUUUUCUUAUCAACCUUUCACUACUUAGUAAUUUUGCUUUUGUAAUUGCCUUUCUACAUAUUUUUAUGGUUUACUGCAUGUUCUGUAAACUUGGGGUCAGUACAACUCUUCAAUUUAGAGUUAAGUAUUUUCAUUGUUCUGGAGAAAUUUCCAAUACCUGUCGUAAUCCAGGAAUUGUAUGUAAAUGCCCGUAUGAGUUUGUUCUACAAGUUUUUCUAGAACAACACAAUUCGAAUUUUUACAUAAAAUGGGAAGAGAAAACAUCAUAUACAGCAUUUUUGUUUGUUUGUAACAAUACUUCGGAACAUGGUUGGUUACCUAGUGCAUUUACGAAAUGACUGCAACAGUUAGGGGAGAAAGUUCUUUUGUAUAUUUGAUGUGAAAUAUUUUAAGUCACUGGGCCUCUGUGAAUUUUAAGGAUCAGUGCAUUGUGAUUGGACAUUCCUAGGUCGACAUUAAUUACAUCUGUAUCAAUGGCUCCUACAUUUGUGAAGAAAUUAUCUAUGAGACUUCGUGAAGAGUUUGUAACUCUUGUAGGGCUAUUUAUAUGUGGAUACAAGUUGAAACUAUGAUGUAUUGACUUUGUAAGGCAGAGAACUACUGCACAUCACAACACUGUCAGGUAUGUGAUCCAUGGAACAAGUGGUUAAAGUAUGGCACUGGACUGCCCCCACCUGCAAUAUUUGUUGUGCUGACUGACAUUUGGGUUAGGUUGAAAGCUGACACUUUGGCUGAGUUGGCAAAGUCAACAAACAUUAACACCUCAUAAAGGCUGUGAUAUCAGAUUUACCGGCAGUGGAGCCUAAUUUUUAUGUGUGCAGCUCACUGAAAAAAGCAGGCGGGGGAGGGGUCCAAUACAUAACUUUUACCGAACAAGUAAUAAUUUAAAAUUAACUGUCAUAUAUGUUACACAAUGCCUGAGUCCCUUUUAAUAACUUCAAAAUAAUUCAUGCUAAUACAUUGACAUUAAUUGGAUUUUUGUAUUUUUUCUAUGGAUCAUCUGUUACGAGCAAUGUUGUUUAGAACAUAAUAUUAACUCACUUUUGGAAAGGAGAGAGGACUGGGAUGCUUGGCUGCUGCCUUGAUACAGAAACUGCUCCAUCAAUUUAUUUACCAUUGGCGAGGGAAACAACUAGUCUAGAUUUAAACUCACUACAUGAAAAUAUUUCCAAGGAUUCUCAGUAUGCUAUGCGAAUAGAAAGUGCCUUGUGAGGCUGUUUGGCGCAUAAACGAUUUCUGGGGAUAUAUACUGCAUCUUACUGGCGGGGGCUUUUAUUCUCAUUGUGCCAAAAUUUAAGCAAAGGAUGAGAUAUAAAGGUAGCCACGAUGAAAAAUUAAUUAUUAUGUUUAGUCAAUGUAGCUACCAGUAAACGGGUUUUUAUGAAACUCGUCUCGUUUAAAUACAUGCAUACUUUAAACCAAAAAUAUGGUAUAGUCAGUUACCAAGUGUGUAUGCUGACACGAACUGACAUGCGGCACUUUGUUUUGUGCCGGUUCCCUGCUUCAGUAUUGAAUCGUAGGGCCGUACUAAGCACUGUAACGUGGAUCGAUUCCUUGUGUACAAUAAAUUAAAAUGAAAAGUUGGAUUUAGGUAAGAGAGCAGAAAAUAUAUAUUACUAUUUAUAAGUAGUGUUCGUCAACAACUAAGACAAGUGUCUUGUUUAUCUGAUGCAGCAAGAAAAGGUUAUAAAAAACUAAACUUUAAGUGACAACGUGUGGUACCCUGUAAUUAAUCAAUUCGCUAGCUGUUUUAUACAGCUGUUGACCUACUAAACGUAUGAGCCGUGCAAAAUGGAGGGCACACAUGGUCGCAACACUGGACUGCAGCCUGCCGUGUCCCACUUUUUGUCCAAACUAGUACGUCUGUCGCAAUGUCACUGAAAUAUACAAUAAAGGAAAUCCGCAAUUCGCCUGCUAUUUAUCACCCGUCACGCACGUAAUGGAACUUCCUCGUCGUUCUUAACAGAAGCGACGGUACCGGUCCAGCCAGAAUAACGCCAUCGAAAUAAACUUCCUUAAAUAUUAGUAAAUGCUGCAGUGGUCUUCGGUGACCUUCUACAUUACACAUAGACGCUGAUGUUCCUACAGACUGUGCGGAUUGCUCCACCGAGAAUACCCUGUGUUCUUCAAGCUAACCUAGUAAUAAAAAAAAAGUUCAUUGUACUUUUUAACGUUGAACAGAUCAGCAGUCCGAAACCACAUGAAUGCAUCACACCAAUGUUCACUUCAGUGAAACAGUCCCUCAGGUCUGUCACACGGCCAUUGGCAACACUGACUCUUAUGACCCCGCAAACGUCGGGGAAGGUUGUUGUGUAUUCGAUGUUAUAAAUAUUAGGUGAUAUGUUGACUAAGGAAAGGAAAUAUGUGUGAAAGACGGAAUGUCAAGUAACGUGGCUCAUGCAACUUUGAGUCUACAUGAAGAUAGUGGAACGAAUUGGUGGAAUUAACUCGUUAUUCUUUCCAGCAGAUGAUGCAGACCACAAUGGAAGGUCCUGAAGUUACUUUCCUCUUCCAAUUUGGACUUGUUAGAGAUACAGUAACUACACCUGCUGGUUCAUUAGGACUGAAGACAUUGAAGGACUUAGCGAGUGACUUCAUCAACAAAAAGUUUCCUGACCAUGGUCUGACUUGCCUUGGUGAAAGGCUGCUGCUGUUCCGCCAUGACCACAGUUCUGCCAAUAUCUUACAGUUGGUAAACUCUGCAGCAGAAAUUAUUGAUGAAACACUGGUGGAAAUUGUUUUGACAGCCCAAAUACCGACAGAAGCAGCUCCAUUAAGGCCACACGCAUUAAAUGUUCACUCUUAUAAGGCUCCAACUUUUUGUGAUUUUUGUGGUGAAAUGCUGUUUGGACUUGUUCGUCAAGGACUGAAAUGUGAAGGUUGUGGGCUCAACUUUCACAAGCGAUGUGUGGUGAAGAUUCCGAACAACUGUUCAGGGGCAGCACUUGUCUCUGGAGAUCGCAGACGAUCCUCAACCCUUGCUGUUCCACGUUCAUCCUCCCAGGGGUCAAAUUCCUCACUUGCCUCAGAUGACACUUCUCUGACAGUUCCAGGUAGUCAAGGAACAAACAGAUCACCCUCACUUGGAGGACGUAUUCGUAUUCCACACACAUUUGUACUUCACUCGUACACACGUCCUACCGUAUGUCAGGUAUGCCGGAAAUUGCUGAAAGGAAUUUUUAAACAAGGGCUACAGUGCCGAGACUGCCACUACAAUGUGCACAAAAAGUGCCUUGAGAAGGUGCCUAAAGACUGUACUGGUGAGAGCCCAAAGGAUGUUACAGGAAGUGAAUGCACUGAUAAUGGAAAUGGAAGUGACUCAGUCAGUAGUCGGUUCAAUGAAGAUAAUGACAGUGACACUGAGUCUAGUUCUCCACCUGAAGCUCGAAAAUCUUCAUCUACAGAAUCACCUGUCAGCAAUGGUUGUGAGGAUCAAAACUGUGAUGAUGCUGAGCCUCUCAUCAAACGACCAACAAGUAUGUCCCCUAGUAACAAUAUUCCUCUGAUGCGAAUUGUGCAGUCAGUGAAACAUACAAAAAAGAGGGGUUCAAAAGUUAUUAAAGAAGGGUGGAUGGUGCAUUUCACUAACAAGGAUCCAACGAGGAAACGACAUUACUGGCGCCUUGACACCAAAUCAUUAACAUUAUUCCAAAAUGACACAAGCUCCAAGUAUUACAAAGAGAUUCCAUUAUCUGAGAUACUUUCUGUGGAAACAGCUCGAAGCCCACAUGGCGAUGUGAUGCAUUGCUUUGAACUCCGGACGGCCAACAUUGAUUACUAUGUGGGUGAAGACCCCUUGCAUCCUGUAGUAAGGGAAGGAAGUGUGGCAAUUCUUCCUCCAGAGGAUUCUGGUGUAGGAGUUCACUUAGCUAAAAGCUGGGAAACUUGCAUUCGACAGGCUCUGAUGCCUGUAACUUCUUCCACCAAUGCAGAUAAUAGCUCAGGUGAAUCUGAUGAAAGAGUGACUGACAUGAGCCAAGUUUACCAGAUUUUCCCAGAUGAGGUUCUUGGUUCAGGGCAAUUUGGAACAGUUUAUGGAGGUGUACAUAGAAAAACAGGUAGAGCUGUUGCUAUAAAAGUAAUUGAUAAAUCAAGGUUUCCAACAAAGCAGGAAGCUCAAUUGAAAAAUGAAGUAUCAAUUUUACACACCAUCUGCCAUGCAGGUGUUGUAAAUCUUGAACGAAUGUUUGAGACUCCAGAGAGAAUAUUUGUUGUCAUGGAAAAAUUGAAGGGUGAUAUGCUAGAAAUGAUUCUUUCAAGUGAACGUGGGCGAUUAAGUGAGCGGAUAACUAAAUUCCUUAUAACACAGAUUCUCAUAGCCCUGAAACAUCUCCAUAGCAAAAAUAUUGUACAUUGUGAUCUCAAGCCAGAGAAUGUGUUGCUCAGCUCUGACUCAGAGUUUCCUCAGGUGAAACUGUGUGACUUUGGCUAUGCGCGCAUAAUUGGUGAGAAGUCAUUUAGAAGAUCUGUGGUCGGUACUCCUGCCUAUUUAGCACCUGAAGUCCUUCGUAACAAAGGAUACAAUCGAUCAUUAGAUAUGUGGAGUGUUGGUGUUAUAGUUUACGUAAGCCUUAGUGGAACAUUUCCUUUCAAUGAAGAUGAAGAUAUCAAUGAACAGAUACAAAAUGCUGCCUUUAUGUAUCCAGCUAUACCUUGGAAGGAAAUUUCGUCGGAAGCAAUUGACCUCAUCAAUAAUUUGCUACAAGUGAAACAAAGGAAAAGAUUUACAGUAGAUAAAUCUCUUGCACAUAUUUGGUUGCAGGAUUACCAAACAUGGUGUGACUUACGAGAACUAGAGAAGCAGGUUGGCAUUAGGUACCUCACUCACGAGUCUGAUGAUGCACGAUGGGAAAGUUAUCGAAGGGAACGCCUUUGACCAGCCAAAAGUUGGGUCACUGUGGCCAGGACACGCUGGAGACGUUUCAUCAAAACAUGAUGAAGAUGUUCCUGUCAAGCUCUCUAUUAGAUUUUGUAACAUAAUGUUGCAGAUUUUACUAUUAUGUACUGCAGUUUAUUGAAUUGUUUAUUUUUGUAACAUUAUAGUGUAUAUAAUUACUCGGUCCAGCAAUACUCAUUUACAUAUUUCUUUGCCUUUACUAAAUAAUGGCAGAAAGAAAGUGGUGUGUGUGUGUGUGUGUGUGUGUGUGUGUGUGUGUGUGUGUGUGUGUGUGUGCGUGCGCACGCGCGCGCUAGCGCGCAUCUGUGAGUCAGUCAGAGUGAAAGCCCUGGAUGGUUAUGGCUAUAUAUUCAAAUAUGUUACUAAUCCUUUUAUAUUGUAUAGUUGGUAGUAUAUGGUUUGGAUAAGUAAUUUCCUCUCUUACGACAACUGAGGUACGGUUUUGUUAAAAUUGCGAAUGACUAAACUUUUACAGUGUGUAAAUUGUGUUUAUGUAAACAGUGAUCCAUUUACCAAUAUUUGUAGGUUUUUAAGCAUAUUAGACACCUUGGGCUCCUGCUUUUUACAUGUACUAUAUCACUUAUUCAUGUACCAGGUAAAUACAUUGACAUCAUAACUGUGACUUUAAUAAUGAGGACCAUAUUUCUCAGUUAAAGAAUGUGUCUCAUCAGUGUUUUCUUGUUUGAACAUCAGUGAUAUUAAAUGUUACCAGUGCACUCUGAAUUAAAAAUUCAAUAUUCAGCAGUUAUUUCAAAUAGUACAGAAAUUCUGUACGGCGACAGAAAAUGCGUGCAGUUUAAAAAGUUUCCGAAACAUAAGCAUCUCAUAUAAAAUUUCAUACAUUUUAACAAAUAGUAUGCUGUUAUUAAAUUUUAUGGCAGAUUAAGACUAUAUGCUGGACUGGAACUCGAACCCAGGACCUUGCUUUUCACAGAGAAUACUCUGCCUGAGCAUCUAUGCAUAACUCACUGCCUGUCCUUGCAGCUUUACUUCUGUUAGUACCUCUGUCCUACAUUCCAAACUUUACAGAAGUUCUCAUACACAUGUUGAAAGAGUAGUACUUGUGAAGAAAGGAUAUUGUGGAGAAAUGGCUUAGCCACAGCCUAAGCUGGAGUGUUUGCAGUUUUGAAUCUUCCUUGCAAAGUAAAACUGUGUUCCACACCAAGAUCCUUGCCUUUCUCAGGCAGUGCUUUCACCAUCUCACUUGUCCACGUGUGAGCUGCAGUGACUAUGUGGGACUAAUACUAGACAUCUGCUUUCAGCGUUUAAUACUCCUCUGAAUUUGGCCACACAACCAAUGUGACUCAAAGUUUUAAGAUGUCACUAACUCUUCCAUAUUCCUUAAAAACUGUCUGUUGGCUCUGACCUGAUGCUUUGGAACCAACUCCUAAAGGAAAAGGAUGCAAUAGAGAUUUUAGCUUUCUCAAUGCCUCAGAUUUGUUACUGACACAAAAUUAUCUAUAAGUUAGAAGAACAUACACUUGUUAACCAUUUACAACAGGUUAAAACAACUUCCAUUCCAUUAAUAACUUGACAUUGCUGUAAAACAGAAACACUCCAAUUUUACUGUUGUCUCGAGAGUGCUGCUUCCACAGCAUCAAGAGAAAUCUCUAGGAGACAGAAAAAUUGUAGGCGAGUUGGAUGUUGAAACAUUUAUUUGGUUACUCGGGUGUGCACAGGUGACAAAAUUGAAAUACUAUUGUCUAGAAAAGCAUUGUAGCUUCCCAAACACUGUUUUGACUAUUCACAAAUCGUUACAGGUAGACCACUUUAUUGGUUUUAAUCAUCUUAAAAACUUCCAUUAGUCAGGAAUUAUUAAAUACUGUAAGUUAGAAAUUAUUCAGUAUUUAAUGCGCCAGUCAAACCAUAAUUAUGUUCAUAGCCUUGUUUCCUAAGUGCACUGCACUAGGUGGCAGACUGGGACCAGAGGAGCUAUUUUCAAAAUUUAAGACUUUGGCACCAUUAUUAGUUGCUACAUAUCAUAAUUUUACUGUCUGAUGGACAUUACCUAAUAGAGAUCAUGAGAUGACCUGCCCGUAUUGUUCUGUGUUUUGUGAUAUCCACACAUUUAUGUUGACAAUUUCUGCUCCAAGUGUGGCUAAAAAUGCACGGAAAUGAAUAGUAGCCUAAAUACGCUGCAUGAAAAUUUAUUGCACUUAUUGCAGAUACUGUAAAAUAAGCUAACAUUUUUAAAGUGGCAUUCCUACAUAAAACUGACUGCAUCAAAAUCUGCCCCUUUGUACAACUGAGAGGUUACUGUAAAGCUUCACUCUUUCUUUCUUUCUUUCUUUCUUUUUUUGCAUAAAAUAUUUCCACAAGAAUACAUCCAUAAAAAAAUUUGGUUAUAAAACACCAAGACACAGUGUCGUUAUGGCCUAAAAGAAGUACUGUAAAAGAUAAAAUUCUUUGAACUGAUCCCCUCAUGGCCUAAAUGUUACACAGAUUAUGUUAUCUGUUGCCACUCAUUCGUAUAUCGCACUGCUAAUAAUAAUAAUAAUACAUGUUUGUUAAAACCGGAAAUAUCUUCUUUCUUUCUUUUGUCAUGGAUGUCUAAAAUCCCCCGAAUUCUUUCCCAGCAAUUCAUUAAUACCAUUCCAGUCUCUGUUUACUAUAUCUAUUUACCAAGAAAUUCUAAGCGUACUCUGCUACAUCAACAACUGUUGAGUGAUAAAAACGAGAGAAAUUUAAUAUGUGGCCACAUGAGAAACAUGAUUUAAUCUGUUUUUCCAUCAUGAUAUUUCUAGAGAUGUGUUGUAAAUAGUUCUUCUAAUAAAGAAGUAGCAUAUAAAUAUAAACAUGAUGUCAGUAAAUAAAUAUUUAACUGAGAUAUAUGGUUCUCUGUAUGUGUUUACUUGUUGUGACAUGGAACAAUCUCUGAAGAACAGUUAAAAAUAUGUCAAAAAUUUGUGCUUCAGUAUUCUAAGAGAACACAAUGCAUUCAGCUUGUUUAUCUGUCGUGAGUACUUCUGUAAACAUUCUUCAGUAUUAUAGUAUAAAAUCUUUGCCAUAUGUGUGGAUGACACUGGUAGAAUGUGGUAGAAUGCUACAAAAACAUGAAAUUGUUUGACAAACUUAAGUUCAGUAUCAUUUUCACUAUAACAUUACUAUUAAAUGUUCAGUUUCAUUUUUUGUACUCAUUUAAAUAUUUUGAUUGUGUAUCAGUUUAUGGUACUGAUUUUAGAAAGAUAAGAGCAAAGAUAUUUGCUUGAUAUUCUGUACAUUAUGACAGCUUGGCAGAUGCAUAUGUUUGGUAAGACUCAGACAUUAUGUAUGUGUUGCUCUAAAACUUUUUAAUAUUUUAAGAAACUGUUAUUCAUAUUGAUAAUGAUUUCUGUAUAAGAUAUAAUAAGGGUUGAAAAUCUAAUGUGUAUAUUAGACUGGUAAAUGAAGCAUUAUGCUAUGUAUUGCAUACAAAUCACAUAUUCAUCUGUCAGUGUAUUUGAUUUUUCAGUCAUUGUACUACUGGCCUGAUAUAAUUGCCACAUUGUGAUUGAUUUUCUUUGGAGUUACGGAAGGGAUAUUAUGUAUAUGAAUGUCUGGUAAAUUACAGUAUCAGGAUAUCCAAUUCACUGCGCAUGAAUGCGUACUGUAGGAAAUAUGUUGUUUUAUAACACUGCCAAAGUCGUAUUAUCUUUACAAAAGUUUUUAUUCUGUAGGUGUUUUAUAAUUCAGGUUCCAAAAAAAAAGUGGACUGAAUCAAAUCAUACAAUAUCAAAAUUGAAAUAGUGAUGCAAAAUAUCAACAUUAUUUACUGAAUGGAUGUGUCUUGCCUAUUAUUUUUCAUUAGAGUGAAAAUGAAUUGAACUAAUUUUUUAAUUUGAAGGAAAGAGUUUUUUAAGCAUCGCCUUUAAACACACAGAUGAAAUUAUCAAUUUAGAAAACUUGCCACUUCUUUGUUUGUACAAAUGUAAAAAGAUUACAAAAUGUAUGUCGACCUUCCUUUUUUAAAAUUUAGUAGUGUUAUUUGAGAUGAUAUAAGUAAUAAACCUGUUUUACAGGCUUGCGGCUUGCUUUCGUAAUUAUAUUAAUUUGUGAAGAGAGAUGUCAUUUUCCUGGAAAAAAAAUUAUAUUGUUAAAUCUGUAAAUAAUUGUGUGUACUGUGAAUAUUUGAUAUAUAAUUUUAUAUGUUUUAUACUUUAAAAAGUCAAGUAUUGACUUCAUGAUAUUUAAAUAAAUGAAGUUUUUUGUAUUUAUAUCUUUUCGACAAACAAGUGUUAUUUAGGUAAUUUGCAUCUUGUAAAACAGAUACAAAACUAAUUAGGAUGUUGUUCAUCAGUGUGAUGGUCAUUUUUCAUAUAUGGCACCAUGCAUAAUAAAUCUUGCCAUGUUCAUUUUUUUGUCCUACUAGCAGUAACUGGUUGAUGCCCUUCAUCUGAACUCUGCAUGCCCUGCUUUUAAGGCUUAAUAUGCUAUGAAGUGAAAUGAAUGGGGCACUGUCAUUCCAUUAAUACAUGUACACAUUGUUGUUCUGAUCUAAAUUUACCCAUUUUAGUGUGAUUUUUGUCUUUCUUAUUAGGAGUUGUAAGCAAACAGUAUCCAGUUUUCUCUACAAUUUGCUUCCUCUUUUAAGCGGAUGUGUUUGUUUUUGAAGUCGGUGGCAAAAUAGUGUGUUUUGCAUGAAUUGAUGUUACAAUUUAUUCCAAAACCGUCAUUCUGCUAGUCUGUGGCAUAAGAAAGGCUUGCAUUCUACUAAUGAAUGUUCCAUUCAGUUCACUGACAGUUUUGUGAAUGAAUAGUGCUGCAGGAAGAGAUUCAAAGUUAUGUAAUUCUUUUUUUAAAAAAGAUGCCAUGAAUGGUGCAUGGAAUUACUGUCUUUAAUUUGUAAGAUGUGAAAUUGCUGUAUGUUCAAAAUACUAAUGUUUGUGGUGAUGACAUGUUUGGUUUGUGAAUCAGUUUGCUUAAACACGCUGUUACUAUAGUAACAUACAUAAGAAUUGUUGUAGUCUGUCACGGAUUUCCCAUUGCUACAAAGAAACAUUUUUUAUGAUUUGCCAUUCUGAAGAGAAGUUAAAAGAAAUCAUUAUCAACUGGCAGUGGCAAAGUGAUGUAAAUAUAUAUUCUAAUUUGAAAUUUCACAGUAGUAAAUAGCAAUGUUAACCAAAUUACUGGUAUUAUUAAAGGAAUGACAGUUUAAAAUUUUUCAGAUGCUCAAUUUCUAUAACUGUGGGAGCCACAGACACAGUCCACCUACCCACAUGUGCUCUCUUCAUGCAACAUUCAUUAUUUCAUUUAUUCCUCGGACUGUUUCUAUCAGGAAGCCAUUCAUGUUUUGACUUCUGCAUCUGAAUCAGUCAAAAAAUAGCAUGAAAGAAUACAACUACUGGCAAGUUAAAUCUUUAAACCACGCAUCUCUAACUCAAAAACUAAUUGACACUUGUCAUUUGUAUAUUUGGAAAACACAUUUUAAACAUUAUGUAACCAAAAUUUUUAUAGGAGACUGUCUUUGUGGCACACACUUUUGACCUCAGUUUCUGUACCAAGUUAUUGAGUACCAGAAACAAAAUAGCCUGAUGCAAUAUGUUAAAAGAAUUUUUAAAUAUUUGGUUUUGUUUGUCGCUGUUAUCACAUGUUGAUGAAUAUGUCCACCAAAGCAGAAUGUUGUUCCUUGCAGAGGCAAGUACUGUUUGUUCUUCCAGCAACAAUGAUGUAUUAGUUGAAUGUCUGACAACAUUACACUUUAAAUUAACUUAGUAACAUGUCAGUGCAGUUAAUUGACUAGAAAACCGUCGUGCUCCUCUUUUUGCAGAUAGACUGUAAUCUAAGCUCACUUGUCUCAACUUAUCAGAUUAUGGAUGGCAAAUUUUGAUACUUUUUAUUAUGCCUAAUGAAAAAGUUACUAUUUUAAUCUAAUGUAAUUUUUGUUAGGAAGAUUUUUGCUAUAAGCCCACAGAUCUGAACAGUUAUAUCAACCUUAACUUGAACAAUUUGAUUUUUGAAGUUAAGCGGUGAACAUAAUAUAUAAUAUGCAGCAUAAUUUUACAUUUUCUUGAAAUGGCUGGACACACUAAUAGAAAAAGAAUUGUUUUAUAAACACAGAAUGUAGAUUGAAUUCUUCUAGUAUAGAAAAGGGAAAAAAGUACUUUAUUAUGGUAAACAGAUACCUAUUCUUGCAUGAUCUGAAACAUUUAUGGUAUUGUAGUUUACUAUUUUCAAAAAUAUUCCUCCUACUCAUGAAUCCAUUAUUGUUUUCCACAUUAGAAGCAGUAUAUAAAAAGUGCUUUAUUUUCCUGUUAUUCCAGCAGUUGUAUGAACUUUGUGAGUGGACAGAUCUCAAAUGUAUUGAGAACUAGUGUAUUGGUAACCUACUGCAACUGUGCUUUCUGUAUAAUUCUAUAGUGUGUUAAGAAGUGACUGUAUAAAAAAGAUGUCAAAUUACAGAUGUAUAAACUCAUGAAAUUUUUAUUCAUAUCUGAGAAAACAGAUGUCUCAAAAAGUUGGCCUUAUAAUGAUAUCUCUUGUUAUACGACAAAAAGUGGUUAGCAUUUAAGCUGUUGUUCACUCAGCAACAGUCGUAGUGCACUCUAAAUACCCAUUGUUUUGAUAUUCGUUUUACAAUGGUCAUGUUUUAACUGGAAAUGGAAAUGUUUUGAUGAUGCAUAUAUAGUGGUUUUUAGUUGUAGAAGAAUACUUCAUGACUGUUCUGGCUACUGUUGAUAUUCACAUGGAAUUUUAGACUGAAUUUUAAAAUUUACUUUGCCUACAAUUCAGACUGUCUUGUAGUAUUACUAACGAAGUUUUGUCAAAUUUUAAAUGAUAUGCCGUGAUAUUAAUGAACAUCGAAACAUCAUGUUAACUAUGUCUAAUGUAUAAACCAAUCCACUGUAAAUUCUCUCACAGUGUUAAAAUUGCAGUUAAAUAUGAAAUCUUACUAAAGGUAUGUGAACUGGGAUAUCAGUGAUAAUUUUAUUUUUGAUCAGCUAACAUUUCUUGUAUAGAAUUCAAGUAAACUGGUUAAUGACUCAAUUACUGACUAAGUUUAAAUAGAAAUGAAUAUCACUUUACAAAAUUAUUUGUUUUAAAAUAAUUUUCUUCACCUGUAGAGCCACAUCUGAAAUGGAAGUGCAAUUUCUAUGUGGAAACUACAAUCUCAGUGAAAGGCCUAAUAUAUAUCUAUUGCUGCAGUACAGUAUUAUGAGAAGUGAAAUAUUUAUACUAGAUAAUUGUUCUGAUUGCAUUACAGAUAGUUAAAAUGUAUUACCUUGUUACUGACUGGGAGUAAGGAGUUCAAUAAAAACUUUUGUACAGAAA